AUGGUCAGACCUUCAGCUCACCCCACCAACCACACUCUCAAAUUCCUCUACAGCUACGGCGGCAAGAUCCUCCCUCGUCACCCCGACGGCAAGCUCCGUUAUCACGGCGGAACAACCCGCGUCCUCGCCGUGCCCCGCUCCAUCUCCUUCCCCAAGCUCUUGUUAAAGCUAGAAGAGCUCUGUGGCGCAACCGUCGUUCUCCGUUGUCAACUCCCAACCGACGACCUCGACACCCUCAUCUCCAUCAAGAACGACGAGGACCUCGCCAAUAUCGUCGAGGAGUACGACACAGCCGCCACGCCGUUGAAGAUCAGAGCCAUCCUUUCGCUCCUCCCCGCCAAGAAACCUCCGUCAUCUUCGACGUCGUCCUCGAAGUCUUCAUCUUCAAAUCACAGUGGUGGUACUACAUGUGCCUCCGGAUCCUCCAUGCCGUUCCCGAAGGAGCGUUGCCCUUGUCCCCGUCCAGUUUCUCAUACGGUGGCGUUUCAGCGAGCUCCAGCAGCAGUUUGCAAAGCUCAUCUUCACUGUGCUAAGUACCAUGCUCAUGCAAACCCUAGCCGUCUCUGUCACGUCAACAACAAUAACACACCAUGUCCAUAUGCAUGGAAGUAA